UGUUUCCUUGCAGUGAACAGAUGAUAGGCUCCCCACUGACGAACGACUGCGCUUUAGGCCAUCAACCAAGCACAAACCAGCCGUCCGGUCCCUGACGGCUCCAAUGGCCUAAACAAUUUGCAGCGCAAACACGGCGCACCGCUACUUACACCAAACUCGAAAACAGGACACCGCCGGGAUGUCUUCACAGAGCAGAGUCGAUGCGCAACGCGGGUCGGGAUGGAAGCGGCAGAACCCCAUUUUUGAGGAUACCGUUGCAGGCGUGUCGUCCGAACAUGGCGUUUUAAGCUUCGAUCCGAGGUCGAAUUAGGCUCAAGCCAAAUGGCCCCGUCAUGUACCCCCGUCGCACGACACCCGUCGUCCGGAGUAGCACGGGUAUCACCAAUGGCGGUCGAUCCGUCACACUGUUCGGGCGACUGGUCAGAAGAUGUUCUACAAUCAUGCAUGCCAGCGACUGGGUGGUUGUCUGACGCCGGACACCGCACAUCCAUUGCGACUGGAGGCGAUCGAUCGAGAGCAACUUAUAAGACUAUUACGGAAGGGAUGGGGGAUUUCCUUGCAAAGGACGUCUUUUUCGGCAGGAGGGGCCAAAAAGCAAGCUUCGGGACCCGACGGAAUUGUGGAGAACAAUACAAUGGACGAUGGGCGGUGGGGCCACGGAGUCCACGCCCCGGUCGUUAAAUCGCCGACGUUCUCGCAAAACGAACAAAAACCGCUUGGGUCCAAUUCUCACGAACCGGCAAGCCUUGCAAAAUGGGUGGUGUCGCAUCCGCACACCUGGGCGAGCCUCAGCUUUGACCUGCACCAAGCUCCGAUGAUAACUGCGAACUUGUCCAAGAGUUCUAUUGAUUUGCAUGGGCUCGAGCUACACAGCAAGCUUUCUGGAUCAUCCGCGUGUUCGGGUUGCAUCUCAUUAGCCCAAAGUUUGCCAGCUCAGAUAUUUAGAGAAAAGUAUACGUAUGGGAUCUAGAACGGUGGGAGGGCGGUGGAGAGGGGGGUGGCGUUAAAAAGGAAAUCCCAGAACAGAAUCUUCCGCCAAUAAUCCAACAGAUGUUUUUCUAUAGUAGAAGUAUACAAAAUUUAUUCACGGCAGUACGUCAUUAUGCUUUAGAUAAAUAUAUCAGAAUGGGC